CAGAUCUGAGCACUGGGCCACCUUCACGCUGCUGCCCAGGUGCCCAGAAGCCCAAGAGCCGAAGCAGGCCUAAAUGCAGGCUGGACCUCCAUCCUGUGAGCACACCUACGGAAAGGCACCUGCCUCCUGGCAUCUCUGUCUGGUGCAGAGACCCUGGGCAGUGGGGCUGGCCCCUUGAGUGGAGACUAAGUUGGCCUCCUGUGACAGGUGUGCCAGUCAUCAUCAGCUACCCCACCAUGAUCCUGGUGUCUACCAUGUCUGCAGUGCCUGGGGCCCUUUUGUCCCCUAGCUCUCCCAGCAACAGCAGCCAGGAGGAGCUACUGGAUGACCGAGACCCACUGUUAGUCCGGGCUGAACUGGCCCUGCUAUCUACAAUUUUUGUGGCUGUGGCCUUGAGCAAUGGCCUAGUGCUUGGGGCCCUAAUACGACGGGGUCGGCGUGGACGCUGGGCACCCAUGCAUGUCUUCAUCAGUCAUUUGUGCCUAGCUGACCUGGCUGUGGCUCUGUUUCAAGUGCUGCCCCAGCUGGCUUGGGAUGCCACUGACCGCUUCCAUGGUCCUGAUGCCCUGUGUCGGGCCGUCAAGUACCUGCAGAUGGUGGGCAUGUAUGCCUCUUCCUACAUGAUCCUGGCCAUGACACUAGACCGCCACCGCGCCAUCUGCCGCCCUAUGCUGGCAUACCGCCAUGGAGGUGGGGCUCGCUGGAACAGGCCAGUGCUGGUGGCCUGGGCCUUCUCACUCCUUCUCAGUCUGCCUCAGCUCUUCAUCUUUGCUCAACGUGAUGUGGGAAAUGGCAGUGGGGUGUUUGAUUGCUGGGCCCGAUUUGCAGAGCCAUGGGGCCUUCGUGCCUAUGUCACCUGGAUCGCCUUGAUGGUGUUUGUGGCACCUGCCCUAGGCAUUGCUGCCUGCCAGGUUCUUAUCUUCCGGGAGAUACAUGCCAGUCUGGUGCCAGGGCCACCUGAGAGGGCAGGGAGGCGCCGCAGAGGACACCGGACAGGAAGUCCCAGCGAGGGAGCCCAUGUGUCAGCAGCCAUGGCCAAGACCGUGAGGAUGACACUGGUGAUUGUGAUUGUCUACGUGCUGUGCUGGGCACCCUUCUUCCUUGUGCAGCUGUGGGCAGCGUGGGAUCCAGAAGCUCCUCUGGAAAGACCGCCCUUUGUGUUGCUCAUGCUGCUGGCUAGCCUUAACAGCUGUACCAACCCCUGGAUCUAUGCUUCCUUCAGUAGCAGUGUCUCCUCGGAGUUGCGUAGCCUGCUUUGCUGUGCUCAGAGGCACACCACACACAGCCUGGGUCCUCAAGAUGAGUCCUGUGCCACAGCCAGCUCCUCUCUGAUGAAGGAUACACCCUCCUGAGUAGUUACUGGGCUCUUUCUAUUCAAAAACCCAUUGUAGCUUAGCUGACUAUCUAGGGUUGGCCCUGGGAGUACCAAAAAAGGGUACCUUGGUUAUCCUUGAUCCUCCCUAGGUGACAUUGUCCCCAGGUAUACAAGAAGGAAGGGUGUAAAGAAACCUUAACAUUGGCUCCUUUGUUGCCAGACAUGGGAAGCAACUGACACAGAUGGCUCAAGGUAUAGGAGGAGAAUAGGCAACAGAGGUGCUUGUGCUUCCUAUACUGGCGAGUACUCUGCAGGUGAGGAAGACUCCCAGGAUAGGACUAAUAGACCUUCCUGUCAUUCCUCCCUAUGUGUGUCUCCCUAAUAAAAGUUGCAGUUCAUUUUCCACAUGGAAAAAAUUUCCUUGGACCAGGUAUAUAGUGGGCACAGAAGCUGAAAUACAAAGAUUCCCACACCCAUAGAUAUACCUAUGUUCAGGAACCUGUGAUAUAAGCAACCAAGACUGCAUUUUUGAGAGCAGGUCCCCAGGUGAAAAUAAAUAGGUCCAUGUCAA